AACAUGGAAGCGUUGCGAGCGAGUUUGUUGCUUGUCUUAGUGUGGCAUUUGCUGAUGGUGCAAUUUACGUUAGCAGGUGCGAGCCGUUAUUGCGUGCGAAAAGAUAGAAAGCACGGACAUUUUAAAACCGCUGCCAACUGUCCCAUAAUCCGUGAAAUAAAAGACCAUUGUAAACAAAAAAGUUGCAGCAAUGAGUAUCGCAGAUAUCUAGACAACUCUUACGUGGGCAAAAAGUUAUGCUGCGAGGAUGUGCAUCCAAGAGGAAUCCGUGUGCUAGAAACACAAAAUUGUGGUGUGUUUGCAAAUGCACCACAAGCGAUAGGCGGUAAAGAAGUUACGAUAAUGUCAAGACCCUGGAUGGCAAUAUUAAUGCUCGAUAAGUCCGGACAUCAGCGAUUCGCUUGCGGCGGCACACUCAUAACUGAACGCUUUGUGCUCACAGCUGCUCACUGUUUUACCGACCAACAAUUAAUUUUUGUGCGCUUGGGAGAACAUCAAAUAUCUACAACAGUCGAUUGCAGAAAGCACAAAGGGCGCGAUUUAUGUGCGCCAGCAGUUGAAGAUUUUCAGCAUGAGCACAUCCAUUUGCAUGAGAAUUAUAAACAUACUGAAAUCGGUCACGAUGAUAUAGCACUCAUCAAACUGAAAGGCAGCGUCAGCGUCAAGCCGCACAUUAGGCCCAUUUGCUUGCCCCUAACACAUUCAAUGCAAAUGAGGCCAUCGGUUAUACGAUCAUUUUGUUUAGAUGGUUGGGGAUUAACUGAGAACGGCACUGUAUCGGAUGUACUUUUGGAAUCAAACAUAAAUCAAAAGCAUAAAGAAAACUGUUCUUACAUCAUGGAUCCGAAUUUAGCAGCAGCAACAACUGCAAUUUGCGGCGGCGACAUAAAAGGAGAUUCAUGCGUAGGCGACUCUGGCGGUCCCUUAUUCAGUGUUGUCGGCUUCCAAGGCAGGCAGCGAUUUAUGCAGUUUGGCAUCGUUAGUGCUGGUUCCACCAACUGUAGAGCUGGCAAUCCGAGCUUAUUCACCAACGUAGGCGGCUUUAUGCCUUGGAUAAGCUACAAGAUUGCUGCAGAGUAUACGGAUUUUAAAUUUCCAUAAUUUACACAUUUAUUUAUA